CCACAAACACAAUUUAUCAACUUUUCCAGUGAUUUAGCGUGUUUCAGAAAAACUAGCGUUGACACGGUGCUUUCAAGCCUUCCGUGACAUAACAUAAGCCGUAUUCUUGGAAAGGUUUGAGGUGACGGACAGUGCCAGUUUUGACUAUCACGCGGGAACGCGCGCACAUUCGAACAGCCGCGCGGGGUGCACGCGAAUCGCGCUCGUGCUAGUCAGCGGGAACGCGCCCGGGUCCCAGUCAGUCAGAACAGACCCGAGUGCCGAGCGGAACAGUGACGGACAGAAACGAAUAUUACGGGAAGUAAAUUGAUCCUUAUUUGGCCGUGGAGCUGCUGCUAACAUGGGGACGCCAGGAUCCGGACGAAAACGAGCCCAAAUUAAAAAUCGUUUUUCAGCGGAGGAUGACGCUUUGAGCAGCAUUGCCAGAGAGGCUGAGGCCAGACUUGCUGCAAAAAGAGCUGCUCGUGCGGAGGCUCGGGACAUCCGGAUGAAAGAACUUGAGCGGCAACAGAAAGAGCUGUCUUACCAUCAGCACUCCUCCUCUAGCAGAAAAUGGGGGCAAAUCCACCAAUGGAUGGCUGAUGCAGAAAAGGCCCGUCAUGGUCAUCAUUCCAGUAGCCACAGUCGACGGGGAUUGAAUGAUGACACAGCAUCGGUCCGCAGUGUUGGAAGUUACAGGUCAAAUUCGUCCUCUUUAAGAGACUUGAGCAGUUCCCAACGCUCGAGUCGGGCUAGUUCUUCCAGGAGAAGAGACUUGGUGUCUGGUGUCUCCAGUAGUUCCUCUUUGAAGAGCUCCUACUCCACUAGCUCUGUAUAUAAUGAUCUACACAAAAAACCUGUUGGCAAUAGCUCCAAAAAGGACCUGCUGACUGGAUUGUAUCAUGACCAAAGGAACUACACCAGCUUAAAGACUCCCAAACCUCCUCCCUCUACUGUCUCUACCUAUACACCACGGGCUCCAUUCAGCAGCAGUUCUGCAGGUCUGAUGCGCAGCUAUAGUGUGGCUUCCAUAUGUGAUGAUGGUCAGUAUGGUUCAUAUAGUUCCAGAGCUCCAUCUGAAUGCAGCUGGUAUUCUUCUGGUGCCAGUUCCACACGCAGCAGCCCUGUGUCAUCAGAUGACGAUUCUUCCAGCUCUGUGUCCCAAAGUCGACGUGGGAGAAGGGAUAGUGUGUUGUCUGAUUUCUCUGAGACAGCUGCUGAUUAUUUCAGCCGCUCUAAUCGAAGAGGCAGCAUUGUCUCUGAUCUUGAUGAUCUGAGCAUUCCAGACUUGGACAAUCUGGAUGAGAAAUGUGAUAAGCAGUUUACAGACCCCUUCAGUCGGCCAUCCUCUCGAUGUGCCACCCCGGCAUUGUCUGCAGCUGCCCUGGCAUCUCUAGGGGGCAGUUCUUCUAGGAGGGGCAGUGGAGACACUGGCAGUGUCAUUAUGGAUCCAGAGGCUUCGCUCAGUGAGUUAAAGGACAUCUAUGAUCUAAAGGACCAGAUUCAGGAUGUAGAGGGCCGAUACAUGCAGGGUCUUAAAGAGCUGAAGGAAUCUCUAUCAGAAGUGGAGGAGAAGUAUAAGAAGGCCAUGGUCUCUAACGCCCAGCUGGACAAUGACAAGACAAACCUCAUCUACCAGGUGGACACACUCAAAGAUGUCAUAGAAGAGAUGGAGGAGCAAAUGUCAGAGCUACGCAGGGAAACGGAUGAGAAAUCAAAGGAACUAGAAAGGCAGAAGCACACAUGUUCAGUACUACAGCACAAACAAGAGGAGCUGAAGGAAGGUAUCCGCCAGCGAGAUGAACUCAUUGAGGAGAACCAGAAAAUUCAGCAAAAACUAGAUACCCUCACGAGGGAGGUGUUUGACCUGCAGGAAACGGUUAACUGGAAGGACAGAAAGAUUGCGGCGUUAGAGAGACAGAAAGAAUACUUUGAUUGCAUUAGGAAUGAAAGAGAUGAGCUCAGGAAUGAGCUGGCUGAUCUCAAGGGGAAAAGCCGAAUGGGAGAGGAACACGGGCUGGUCAUUAUACCCGAAAACAUGCCCAACGGAGAUGUCAAUCAUGAAUCCCCCUCCUCAGGCAUCACUGUGGUAACACAGGAGGCAGCGCAGGUGUUGGAGUCAGCGGGAGAUGGACCUUUGGAUGUAAGACUACGAAAACUUGCUGAUGAAAAGGAUGAACUUUUGGCACAGAUCAGAAAACUGAAGAUCCAGUUGGAUGAAGAGAGACAGAAACACACAAAGAUUGACAGUGUUUACAAUGAGGGAGAACGAAUGGAGAACGGCACUGAUCUACAAUUCAUCGAGAUGCAGAGGGACUCCAAUAGGCAGAUAUGUGAAUACAAAUUCAAGCUUUCAAAGGCUGAACAGGAAAUGGCAACAAUGGAACAAAAUAUAAACAGACUUGAAGGACAGGUGUCUAGAUAUAAGGCUGCAUCAGAUAAUGCAGAAAAAGUAGAAGAUGAACUAAAAGCAGAGAAAAGAAAACUUCAGAGGGAGCUUCGUACAGCCUUGGACAAGAUAGAAGAAAUGGAAAUGACCAACAACCAUCUUGUAAAGCGUCUGGAAAAGAUGAAAGCAAACAGAAAUGCUCUUCUGUCCCAACAGUAAAGCAACUCUUCUGCCAGCACUGCUCACUAACACUAUAGGAAACCAAAAAGAAAUGUGCAGUCCUGCCCUUUACCUCGUCUCUUUGCCUCUCGUGGUAAAAAUAUUGAUAAUGCUCCCUACUAAGGUGGCACGGUCAGGUAGGGAGCCUCUAAACUUUGUGGUAAACACAUUUUUUCUUUUCUCAACCUGAGAACAUUGUACUAAUUUUGUUUUUGAAAGCUUUGUACAUCAUGAUUGCCAUCAAGGUUUCAUUGCUCAGACUGGGAGCUUUUUUGUAAGUUGCACGAAUAUGAAAGCGCUUUUUAAACAUGUAAAUUCACACUAUUUUAGAGCCCUCAACAUAAAUGCUUACACAGCAAUGUGCCUUUACAGGGAGAACUGAGGGUUAUAUGCAUUAUAACACUAUACAGGAUAAACGUAUUUCUACCGGUACGAAACAAUUCGUUUAAUAAGGGUACAGCCGUGAGCUAAAAAUAUAUAAAAAUCAAUCAUGUCUGCUAUGAUUUCAGUUGUUUUGUUGUUUCUUUUUGUUCCAAAUAUUUAAAAUAUUUCUUUAAAAUAAAUGUGUAAAUGAAAAUGCAGUAGGAAUGGGUGGGUUAUUCAUGAAUUGUGAUUGAUUGAAGGGUACAUUGAAUUUUAUUGGGAUUUAAGUACUUUGUCACAAUGGACUACAUCAUUUCUACACAAAAUACGAAGAUUUUAGUAAAUCUCAGUAAGAGACUGGUGCUUCUACUGUGCAAGAUUUAAGAUUUAUGUCCCAAAUGCCACUUGAUGCCUUCACAAUGCUAAUGUAUUCAGGUUUGGUGCAGCAUUUAAUCACACUAGAAACUUUCAGUUGUCUGACACUUCAUACGCACAGUGAUUGUGACUUAAGCAACUGCAAAAGUAUACUGUAAAUAAACUACACAAUUUACAAUGUUAA